AUGAGCAUAGAGUUCCAGGAAAGGAAGCAAGGGUGCGUCCACUGCAGUGUGAUCUUUGGAGAUGCGGCGUCCCUCAAGUCCCACAUCCAGAACACCCACUGCGAGGUGUUCUAUAAAUGUCCCAUGUGCCCCAUGGCGUUCAAGUCUGCACAAGCCAUUCACUCACAUGGGUACACCCAGCACCCAGGAGCCAAGCUGGCAGAACCCAAGUUGAUUUAUAAAUGUUCCAUGUGUGACACGGUGUUCACGCUGCAGUCCCUGCUCAACUCACACUUUGAUCAGCACGUCGGCAGCCACAAGGUGUCUGUGUUCAAGUGUCCCGACUGCUCCUCGCUGUACGCCCAGAAGCAGCUCCUGUUGGACCACAUCAAGAUCACACAUGGGACCCUAAAGACCAUCGAGGGUCCUCCCAACCUGGGCAUCAACCUGCCCCUGAGCACCAAGCCCACCCAUUCCAACAGCAACAACAACAACAACAGCAGCAGCAGCAGCAACAAAGAUGGCGGCCAUGCCAACCUCCCAGACAAGAAGCCCGGGCCCUUGUCCCUGAAGACGACCAACAGCCACUGUAACUCAGGGGACCAUCGGGGCCCCCGGGGGCCACAGGUGUACACGUGUGGGGACUGCGACGGUGUCUUUACCACCAGGGAGGGGUUUGUGUCCCAUGUGAGGCGAGACCACGGCAAGAUCCUUAAGAAGCAUCCGUGUCGGCAGUGUGACAAGUCCUUUAGUUCCUCACACAGCCUGUGUCGACACAACCGACUGAAACACAAGGGUCUGCGGAAAAUCUACACCUGUCCGCAUUGCCCUCCUCUGAGUCAGCCGUUCACCAAGAGAGUGCUGCUUGAUCAACACAUCCAACUGAUGCACGACGUCAAGGAACCAGAGUCCAAGAGCCAGGAACCUGCUGAUGUGGAACCCCAACCCAACAAGGCCGCCGGCUCCAAGAGGAAACCAGAGGAGGAAGAAGAGGGAGACCGCGAGGGGUCUCCCGGCCCGCACCCCAGGGGCGCCCACGGUCCACAGCCGCCGCCGCCGCCGGUGAAGAAGCCCAAGGUCCAGCUCCCCAAGGCGCUCCAGUGCGCCGCCUGCGGCUUCUGCGGCGCGGCCGACCCGGCGGCCUUCCGCCGGCACAUCCCGCAGCACAAGACGGACGGCUCGUCGCACCAGUGCCAGGAGUGCGGCCUCUGCUACACCUCCCGCCGCUCGCUGGCGCGCCACCUCUUCAUCGUCCACCGGCUGAAGGACCGCCACAACCUGGCCCGGCGCGGACGCGCGGACGCCGACGAGGAGGAGGACGGCGAGGGCGACGGCCCGAGCGGGAGGGAGAACCAGUCGGACGUCAGGGACGGGAGCGGCCGCGGGCUGCCGGGCCCGAGGUGCCAGGUGUGCCGGAGGGUGUUUGACACGGAGGGACACCUGAACAGCCACAUGAGGACCCACGGGAUGGCGUUCAUCAAGGCCAAGAGGCUGAGCGCUGCCGAGAAGUGAAGGGGCGGGGUCAGAGCUCCGGUGGUGGCGAGGAGGACUCGAGGGUCGAGGGACAGUGACCGGGAUGGCGUGAUGAAGAUCUUUAUAUUUGACUACACGUUUUGCACAAACGUAUAUUUAUGUAUGUAUAUGUAUGUAUAUAUAAAGAACUGAAUGGAUCUAUGUGCUAAAUGUAAGUGGAAGACAGACAGAUGCAAUGUGUUGUAGGAAGAUAUUUCAGUGUCACUUUAUGUGUGGUCAGACGGAGUUGAACAAUUGAAAUAACUUUUUUGUACACGAGAGGUUUUCGUCUUUGAAUAGAUCGAGAAAAUAGUGUUUUAUUUUGCAGCAGUUCCGUUGUGGACGCGACACUGUGGGUGUCGUAUCACGUGCAGGUUGUUUUGGCGGGACCCUGGGCUGCCGCGCUCGGAGUUGCAAAUACUCUUAAUGUCCAAUGAAUGUUUAAUAGCACUGCGACACCCCGUCCCACACACACACACACAGGCAGACACACACACAAACAAACACACACAAACUCAAACACACACAGGCAGACACACACACACACACACACACACACACACACACACAAGCACACACACACACACACACACACACAACACCCUGAAUUUCUACCUGGAAAAUGAAGGCAGUAGGAUUACCAUCUGAUUUAGUUAGUCUAUAAAUAGAUUUAUUUUUCCAUUCGAUUUUCAUUAAGUAAACAUCUUUUUUGCAUUAAGUAAACAUCCAACUGAGACACUUCAUUUGAAUGUUCUAUUUUCUAAAGCAACACCAUGGAGCAAUUUGGUAGAGUCCGUUUUUAAAUUGCUCUCAAAUAAAACAAAGUAAUAUAAUAAGUGAAUGAAGUUUCUCAUUCCCCUAUUCUACUCUUUGGACAACUGGUCAAAAAGCCGUACUGAAUCUUAAUAUAAUGCAAUCAGAGCAACAGAUUUUAUCCAUGGUUUCACUUGAGAGUAUUUUCCACAACGUACUUCCUGGAUUUUUAAGGAAUUGUGUGGCAGCUCUUUUUAUAUGAACCUGUCAACCUUUAAGGAUAUUAUCUGGAUGCUACAAUCGCGUUUCAGCCUUUGGACAGCAGCAUUUUUAAACAACACACUUCUUAACUGCAUGCUUCAUGGAGUAUAAAGCUAUAUCAGACACAAUAUCAUCAUCCUUAGCUCGGUGUUUUAACUUUGUAUAAACUGUGAUGUGUUUUUUACUUGUUUAGAGAACAUAAUAUUUUCAGGUAAUAAAAAAGGAAUGUGUCAGCAGAAAACUUGACUUUGUAGCUGAAGUAGAAUUAUAUCCACACUAUAAAAGUACCUGGCUAUACUAUAUCAGUACUAUCAAAACUGUGUAACCCAAGUAGCAUAUAGGAACGCUCAAAGAGUUUGAAGGACACAUGAGACGAAAUAAAACCUAUUUUCUCA